AAGCAGCGAGGGUCUUACCUAGCUGUUGGGGUUCCCGGAAGCGGCUGGAUGCUGUGUAUAUCCUGUGUAUCGGAGUGCUGUGUACCGGGGAGGGAAGAAGGCUGGCUGGGCUGUAGUGUACGGACGUAGAACAUAAUAAGUGUGGCUGCCAUGGCUGCACUGUACAGCGCUCUCCUCUUCUCCUGUGCCCUCUCCUCUAUCAUUGCCCAGACAGCAGCCAAAGGAGUCACAGCAAGCUUGUCUGCCAAGUGGCCAGAGAGCCCGCUAUUGCUGGAGGCCAGUGAAUUUAUUGCAGAGGAAGGAAAUGAGAAGUUUUGGCAGUUUUUGGGAACGGUGCAAGAGAUGAAUAUUUAUAAAAACAAAGACUCUGAGUACUCCUACUACAGUCUAAUACUAAAGAAAGCUGGCCAGUUUCUAUCAGACCUUCAGCUCACCCUGAUGAAAUUUGCCUUUUCUUUAAGGGCAUACUCUCCCACUGUUCAGAUGUUCCAACAGAUUGCAGCUGACGAGCCUCCUCCAGAAGGCUGCGGUGCGUUUGUCUCUAUCCAUGGAAGUCACACCUGCAAGGCAAGUCAGGUUAAGAAACUUUUGAAGGAUGCACUGGAGAGACCAAGGCCUUAUUUAUAUAAAGGGGACCAUGUGUUCCCUUCAUUAACUAAGACCGCUCCAGUAGUCAUUCUCUAUGCUGAAGUGGGCACCAAAGCGUUUGCAACAUUUCAUAAAACCUUGAUCGAAAAGGCAGAAAGUGGGGAGAUAACGUAUGUCCUGAGACAUUACAUACAGACGCAAAGUUCAAGGAAAAUUAACCUAUCCGGCUAUGGUGUAGAACUUGCUAUUAAAGACACAGAGUAUAAAGCAAUGGAUGAUACUCAAGCUGCAGUCAAUAAUUCUACUACAAGUUCAUAUGAAGGAAUUGAUGAAGACGUUCAAGGGUUUUAUUUUGACAAAUUAAUACAAAUGUAUCCUGAUCUGAAAAAUAAUUUGGUGGAGCUUCGAAAACAUCUGAUUGAAAGCACUAAUGAGAUGCUGCCUUUGAAAGUCUGGGAGCUGCAAGAUUUGAGUUUUCAAGCUGCCUCCAAAAUUUCCUCCACUCCUCCUUAUGAAGCUUUAAAAGUUUUGCGUGAUAUGUGCCAGAACUUCCCUAUCAAAGCAAGGUCUCUGACCAGAAUUGCAAUAAACCAGGAGAUGAGAAAAGAAAUUGAAGAAAAUCAGAAGCAUCUAGCUGACACAUAUGGGAUCCAGCCUGGGGAUGCGAGCCUCUAUAUAAAUGGCCUUCAAAUUGACCUAGAUGUUCAUAAUUCAUUCAGCAUCUUGGAUAUUUUGAAAAAUGAAGCAAAAGCUCUACGUGGCCUAUCUGUUUUGGGAAUAAAGAAUGAGGAGAUCAUCAAAUACUUGCGGUUGCAAGUACAUCCAGGAGAAGAAACGUAUGCCUUAGAUAUUCGUAAUUCAGCUAUUAAUUGGAUUAAUGAUAUUGAAAUGGAUCAUAAGUAUUCAGCAUGGCCUUUUAGUGUUCAAGAAUUGUUAAGACCAGCAUUCCCUGGAUCCAUACGUCCAAUCAGGCGAAACUUUUUUAACCUGGUAAUUUUGGUUGAUCCCGCUCAAGAUUAUGCCGCUGAUUAUGUGAAGCUUGCUGAAUUAUUCUACCGCCACAACGUUCCUCUCAGGAUUGGAUUUGUGUUUGUUGUUAAUUCUGAUGAAAACCAUGAAACCAAUGAAGAUGUGGGAGCUGCUUUGUGGCGUGCUUUUAACUACAUAACUGAUGAAUCGGACUCAACACAUGCUUUUGCUUCCUUGAUAAGUAUGUACAAUAAACUUAAUGGGGGAGAAGUACUUACUGAUGAAAUUGUGAAGUCUGUCCUGAAAUACGAGUUUCCUCAUGUUGAAGUGGAGAGUGUCCUUGGCUCAAACUCUGAAUAUAAUCGCAAGUUAAAGGCAGGAGCAACCUUUUAUAAGAAGAGUGGCCUGGGUCCAUUGCCUCAAGCACUGUUUAAUGGUGUACCCUUUAACACUGAAGAAAUGGAUGUGGAGGAGAUGGAGACAACUAUUCUGCAGAGGAUCAUAGAAGCCACAGGGUUUUUUCAGAGGACAGUGUUCAUGGGUCUGCUAAAUGAGAAUUCAGAUGCUGUGGAUUUUUUAAUGGAGCAGCCCAACAUAGUUACUCGGUUGAAUCCUUCCAUUCUUACCAGUGAAAAGACGUAUGUUAACUUUAUAUCAAGAUCAGGUAGAUAUAAUUUUGAAGAUUUUGAAACAUUUUCAUACCUGGAUUUGCAGGACAAAAGUGCAGUUGUUUCUGAAAACAUGAAAUAUGCAACAAAAGACGAUGAGGAUGUAAUUUAUGCAGUCACCAUCUGGAUUAUUGCUGACUUUGACAAGCCAGCUGGGAGACAACUGCUUGCUAAAGCUGUGAAACACAUGAAAAAGAGUAGCAUAGCACGACUUGGUAUCCUAAACAAUCCAACCUCCAAGAUGACUGAAGAUAACACUUUGAUAUCUCGUGCAAUAUGGGCUGCUUUGCUUACACAGAAGAGCCAGAACACGCUGACAUUUUUCACAAAACUUUCAAAUGAAAAGACUGUGGAUGCACUUACUAAAGGGCAUAAAAUCAAAGAGUUCCUUGUUUCGGAAAUGGAUGGCGAUGCCUUUGAGAAAAAGUAUAAUACACUCGGGUUGGACAUACUUCAGACUCAAAAGUUAUAUUGUCGUGAAGUUCUCAAAUUAUUGCCUGGACAAAUGGCUGUAAUCAGUAAUGGACGGCUUUUAAGCAACAUUACUCCAGAGGAGUUUCAUGAAGAGGACUUUCAUCUGCUGGAAAAGCUCACUUACACUACUUCGGCAGAAAAAAUUAAGAACCUUGUGAAAAAGAUGACUGCUCCUUCAAAACGUAGUGCAAGUGAUUUGGUUAUGAAGGUGGAUUCUCUUCUCUCAUCUAUGUCCAAAGGAGAGUCAAGGCAAGACUUACAGUUUGGGAAACAGAAACAUAGUCUUAUCAAAGUUGAACCCCAAGAGGAGGGUCCUUUUAUUGAUGUAUUAGCUGUGUUUGACCCUCUGUCAAGAGACGCACAACGAAUGUCACACUUCUUGAUUGUGCUUUCCCGAAUAUUGAAUAUGAAGCUGACCAUGUUCUUCAAUUGCAAAGCAAAACUUUCAGAAAUGCCUUUGAAAAGUUUCUAUCGACUUGUGCUCGAGCCAGAACUAACAUUUUUAAGCAACAACAGCCUCUCUUCAGGUCCUUCAGCAAAAUUCUUAGAUAUGCCUGAGUCACCUCUGUUAACGCUGAACAUGAUUACCCCAGAGAGCUGGCUGGUAGAAGUUGUACACAGUUCCUGUGAUCUGGAUAAUAUCCAUCUACAAGAUGUGGAUGGAAUUAUGACAGCGCACUAUGAGCUAGAAUAUUUGUUACUGGAAGGACAUUGCUUUGAUGUGACUACUGGACAACCCCCAAGAGGACUCCAGUUUACACUGGGCAUAAAAAAUGAUCCAGUUAUGAAGGACACCAUUGUGAUGGCUAAUUUGGGAUAUUUCCAGCUGAAGGCCAAUCCAGGGGCAUGGAUAUUAAGACUUCGAAAUGGAAAAUCGGAAGAUAUCUAUCACGUAGUCUCCCAUAUUGGGACUGAUUCCCCAUCAGAUCAAGGAGAAGUAAUUGUGGCGCUAAGUAAUUUCAACAGUAAAAUUAUUAAAGUUCAUGUGCAGAAGAAACCUGACCAGAUACAUGCAGAUCUCCUGAGCAGUGAGUCUGAAGAGAAGACAGGCCUGUGGAAUUCAAUAAUGAGUUUUACAGGGGCAGUGAAUACAGAUGUUAAAGGCAAGAAAACCGAUGUACUAAAUAUCUUCUCCGUUGCAUCAGGACAUCUGUAUGAGCGUUUUCUUCGAAUAAUGAUGCUUUCAGUUCUUCGACAUACAAAAACUCCUAUAAAGUUCUGGUUUUUGAAAAACUACCUUUCCCCGCGGUUUACGGAAAUCAUCCCACACAUGGCAGAAGAGUAUGGCUUCCAGUAUGAAUUUGUUCAGUACAAAUGGCCAAGAUGGUUACACCAGCAGACUGAGAAACAACGGAUUAUUUGGGGUUACAAAAUCCUCUUCCUGGAUGUUCUCUUUCCUCUUGCCACCGACAAAAUCAUCUUUGUUGAUGCUGACCAGAUUGUAAGGACUGAUUUAAAAGAAUUGCGUGAACUGGACCUUGGUGGUGCUCCUUAUGGUUAUACCCCGUUUUGUGACAGCCGCAAAGAGAUGGAUGGUUAUCGUUUUUGGAAAUCUGGCUAUUGGGCAUCGCAUCUUGGACACAGGAAAUACCACAUCAGUGCUCUAUAUGUGGUGGACCUAAAAAAAUUCCGGAAAAUUGCUGCCGGUGACAGACUACGUGGCCAGUAUCAGGCUCUUAGCCAAGACCCCAAUAGCUUGUCUAAUCUGGAUCAGGAUUUACCCAACAAUAUGAUUCAUCAAGUGUCUAUAAAAUCGCUUCCUCAAGAAUGGCUUUGGUGUGAGACCUGGUGUGAUGAGAAGUCCAAGGAAAGAGCCAAAACCAUUGAUCUGUGUAAUAAUCCCAAAACAAAAGAACCAAAACUAAAAGCUGCUGCACGGAUAGUACCAGAGUGGACAAACUACGACAAUGAGAUCAGACAACUUCUGAAAAGGAUAGACCAGCAGAAAAAGAACGAUACACAGGCCUCUGCCACUGCAGAUACGAAACAUGAUGAACUUUAAAAAUCACAGUGAUGUGAAAGAAAUCGCUUUUGACUAGAAGAAAAAGAAGAAAAUAACACUUGAAAUAAUUGUGACGUUAUUAUUAUUUUUUGUACAUAAAAAAAAA